AUGGCUCACGUAACAGUUGAUUGGAAUCCACUUGGAAAAGUAUUUUAUAGGUAAGUGGUUCUUUUCAGAUCUGUCUGUCUCCAAGUUCUGGCUCGGCUCAAAAUUAUAAAAUGCUACCUAUUAUUGUUUUAUUAUUCAUUCAAAAUAUUUCCUCAAAGCUGAAGACACCCUUACCUUUAUGUAAAAUUCCAGUAGUCAAACAUCUGCCUGUUUUUUGCCAGUCCCAGAUUAUGAGGGGAUAUAAUAUUCUUGCUGAUAUUCUUCAAAUGGUAGUUUUCAGUGUCUUUUUGCAAUUGUGUUAUUUCAAAGUUUUUGAGGGAGAAGUUCAGGAAGUUUAAUGAGGUUAAAUAUAGUUACUUAACUUAGUUAACGAUGAGGAGCUCCAGUAGCUUCUCAGUAGUUGGCUUGGCAUUAGCGUCGCAAUGGCGUGGCGUGUCGUUGACGUUUGUUAGGGUUUUAUAUUGGUACGCUUUGGCGAGCUGGAAGUUAUCCUAUGCUCUUUUGUUUUCUCCGGGGUUCAUGUUACUGUACUAGGCCUGUUGCAGGAUAAUUUCCAGUGCCCCCUGUGUCAGUGGUUUCCAUUGCGAUUUAUGCGUCUGCAUUUGCCAUGAUGUGCUCGUAGUUUUAAAGUGCAUGGUGUUCAGGGCGUUUUGGUCAGUGUUGCUCAGUUUUAGUGUUUUUUCCCCUUCCUCCUUACCCCUUAUUGUUAUUUAUUAGUAUUAUUGUGGUCCUUAUUUCUCCACUGAACUCUCAGUUCAGUGUGAUGGGUGCUUGGGAUGGGGCUGGCUGUGGCUGACGGGGCUCGUGGCUGGGUUGCAGGUAAGGCAGGCUUUUAGGGUGUUCUUGCUUCAGGCAUUAAUCUACCCAUAACAUGUGAAAUCUUCUCCCAUUUACUCUUGGUCUUCAGCACCAAAACAGCCAAACCAUCACUCUGCUUCUUUGUUUGAUUUCUGUGCAUCCUUUUCCACUUUGGAGGUGUGUCUGACAGAAUGGUUAACACCUUGAACUCCAGAUCUGGAGGACCAGGGUUCAAUCCUUUUUGAAUGGUUUCAAUCCGUUUCGAAUGGUUUCCUUUGACAAGGACCUUUACACCACUUUGCCUCUCUUCACCCAGGUGUAUUUAACAAUAUUAUUCCUCGAGCCCGAAUAGGCUAUGAGUCAAUAGCCCAUGAGGCCAAAGGCCGAAUGGGCUAUUGACUCAGAGGCCAUGAGGGCAAGAGGAAUAAUUGUUUUAGUAAAAUCCGUCUAGUUGGUCAAAACUAUCAAGACAAAAUAACUUUAGCUAGCAUAAUGUGAUUCAGUCGCCAUCGUUUUGGUUUUCAAAGCCAGCGCUUUCCGCUACUAGUGGGCUAUAACAUAAAGCCUAGUAGAAGCUCAACCAAUCAGAAUGCAGCAUUGAUCAUAGACCACUAGUUGGAUUUUACUAAAAAUGGAUACCCGCAAAAUACUGCUAGGGGGUAACCCUCCGAUGGACUAGCAUCCCAUCUAGGGGGGAACAGGGAAUGGCAAGACUCCUAUAGUCAUCCUUCAUGGUAAGGAAGCCGAGAUAAGCUCCAGCCUUUUUGGGCCUUUGGCUUGCGUGCACCUGUAAUCUUUUUUUUACCUUUUCCAGUCUGAGACUUUACUUUUGACAUCAGCCUUUAAAUCAAAGCAAACAUCUUUCGAUUUUGGCAAAUAACCAGCAGGCUCAGGAAAGAAAUACCAGGGCAGCCAUGGAAUUUAAGCCAAUCAGUCAGGGAUGGAGAAAUAUUUUAAAUGUACACACUGUAUCUAUAAUUGAAUUACAGCAGAAGUUUUCUUCGCAAAAUGUGUUUGUCUUGAACAGGAAAGUAGAGCUGUACAGUAUGGAGUGGCAAGAUGCUGUGGAUCUAUCCCGGUUUAUUGUGAGUGCAGCACCUUUUGGUGGUCCAAUAGGUAAGUACAUCAGACUUAUUCUAAGUGUCGUUUAACAUGUACAGGGAGUACAAGUUUCAUUUCCCUCAUUAUUGUAGGGUAAAUAGGACUCACCAUGGUAAACGUUUAAGAGCCAGAAUCAAAGAAAUGCUCUUAACAGCACUGUAAGUUCCGGCAUUAAUUUGUAAGUUACAGUACCGUUCAAAAGUAAGUUGACAGUCCAUUGCGAGUCUCGAUACUCGACUCAAUUAACGAUUCUCGAUUCCUGCGCGAAUUGAGAAUCGAGAAUCGAAAACAAGCUAUCGAGAAUCGAGUCGAGAAUCGAGUCUCACAGGACAGAAAACAAAAGAUUCACCCAUGACUGAUUUCUGUAAUUUUACAAUUUUGCGGUAUGGUUACAUUCCCACAAGCGACUGUAUGCGUGAAACAAGACCAAUUCAAAUUAUAAAGCGAAUGUUUCUUCAAGGGCAUCUGUAUCAAGCUUCAUUUCCUCAACUAAAGUUUCAAAUACCUGCUCCAAAUGCAAACAAACAGCACGUUUAUUUUGUAACGUCAAACGAUUCUGGGCUUAAUCGGCCGCUUGGCUUGAUAAAGAUCAGCUGUAACAUACACGUCCGUCCGUAACAUGACUAAUCUUUUGCUCUGAAAUUGUCUUCAUGAUCCUUGAAAACUUUCGAGAAACAAUGGUUUUGAUUCUACUUUUAAUUUAGCGCUUUCUUAGUUUGAGGUAAUCGCUCGUAAAAUUGGGCCUGCUUUUUUCCAUGAUGGAACAGGAUACGAGUGAACUUUUUCGUUGCCUAGCAGGUGACUGCAGCUACCGUGAUGAAAAAUUGCGCAAGUGGUUUGUAUUAUACGCUACUAAAAAUUGUUUUCAAAGCUCUUGGAGGUUUCUGAAGUUUUCUGGCAUGUAUAUUCAAAUCAAAACUUUCAUGUACGCAAUCACAUCCCAUAAAAAGCAAAGGGCAAAAUAUCAAACUGAGAUGCUUUCACGUGCACGUAUCACAAAAACAGCAAUUCUGGUCAAGAGGUCAAGUUACAAGCAGAAUUAAUUACAAGUAAAGUUUCCAGCAAAAAAACACCCUAACUUUGGACACCGAUGAGCAGACAUUCAACCGCGAUAAUGCUGAUGGGCAUUCACAAACAGGCAAUCGAAAAAAAAUUGGUAAGUAGAAUUCGAAAGACAAGCUGAAGAACAAAAGCAACAAAACUUUGUUUACAUACCAUCGCGUAUUAAACAUUUAUUUACACAAGCUUCCUUUUAUUUUGGAUUUUAAAAACAAAAGGUCAUGGAUUGCUUUUCAAGUUUAACUAGUGAACUGGCAACUUUUGCUAUUUGAAUGAUGCAAAAUGCCGUUCGAACAAUUUAAAGGUUUCAACACAAAGUAGCACACGAGCCGUGCGAACGAAUGCAAAUUUCCUGAAGAGUUCUUCCCGAGACAGCUGUCAACUGCUAUUUGCAUAGUUCAGGAAUUUCUCACAAGAAUCAAACGCUGAGUAGAGUUUGUUAUUUUAUAGAGUACAAAGAUUUUUCUGACGUGAGAGAAGUUAGAAGAUUACUCAAAACGUGAACAAAGGUUGUUACUUGUAGACUCUCACGGCAGUCGAGUAUCAAGAGUAGAGAGCGAGUUACUCGAAACUAAAGAAAGGCCAUUCCAGUUUGAUGGGUCUUGAGAAUCAAGUCUCGAUUCUCAACUCGAAUCUCUAUUCUCAAUUCUCGCGAGGCUCAAGAAUCAAGUGUCAACUUACUUUUGAACGAUACUGUAUGUCUAUAUCAGCAAGGGUCCAUUAUACUGUACCAGAAUUUUGUUUCAGUCAACUGUCUGUACAUGUCAAGGGAUUUGGCUGAAAAAAGUUUAAAGGAAGAAAACAACUCUGAAGAACAUCUUGCUUCUUAUUAUUUUAGAACAGCUAGUGCAUAAAACAUGCAAUUGAUAAAAGCAGUCCAGCUGUGUUGUAUCUAGAUGCUUAACUGUCAGUAAUAGUUAAAAAAAUAUGUAAUUGAAGGGCUCCAUGCUAAAUUGCCUAAUGCCCCUGUGGUGUAUUUUUGGAAUUAUUGGGAUUUAAGCACCGCGGUAGGUUUAAUCGCUAAUGCACACCACUGGUAACUCAUGUACUCUUCUACAUACAUGGAGGAUCAUGUAGCAGCUGCUUAGAAUAGAAGACACCAAUGGUGCCUAACCCGACCCCAAGCAAUACUGAAACAAUUGAAAGAAUGACGUCAUUGUUUUCUGCAACCAAUAAGAAGAGACCUUACGAGCAGCUCCUGCACAACUGUACAUGGGGGUGAGGACGGUACACCUAAAUAUUUACAUGUCCUGCAGCCCCCCACAUUGAGAUUUCCUUUUUGGAGGAAUGGUUUGUAUUUGUUGUAUUUAAAAUUUUCAGCUCUGAUAAGAGAUGACAAGCAUUUUGCUCGAGUCCAAGGAUCAGCUAUUAAUAAACCCAUCAUUCACAUUUUUUCCUCUGCUGGAAAAGAACUUGCCACAGUUAAGGUAUGUGUCUUUUUUUAAGGUCUACUGCUGCUUGUUGUUUAACCUGGGAACACAGACAAAGAGGAGUGUCGAUCAGGCCGAGCAGGCUACUUGUUGUUUAAUAUUGACAAAUUUUGUGAAUAUUGUUCUUGGCUAGAAGACUAACUGUCAACUUUUUUUGUUAUUGCUUUGGAAAAGGGCAGGAACUUGUAUUAUCAUAAUUAUGGUUGGUUCUGUGAGCAGGAAAGAUGAAGUAAUAUUCUGACUGGUUACUGAAGCAGGCAGAAUGGAUCUAUCUUAGUCCAUCACUAGUCUGCUUCACAGCCGUUUUUAGUGUUGUCACACAAUGCUCCUACCCACCUCCCUUGUGGGGAGGAGCGUUGCGUGACAACGCUAAAAACAGCACUGAAGAAGACUAGUCCAUCAAUUCAUGGGAACAAGAACAAAAGCAGAAAUGUUCUGCUUCUGUAGGCUAUUGAUCAAGUGUUCUUUUUUAUUCUUAGUGGGAUGGAGGCCCCAUAGUUCAGAUGGGAUGGUCCAUCACAGAGGACCUACUUUGCGUAGCUGAUGAUGGUACCGUAAUGGUGUAUGACAUUCAUGGCACAAUCAAGAAAACCUUGUCAAUGGGACAGGUAAGUGUUAAAUCUUUUUGUGUCAUGAAAAGGCUGAAAAAGAAGACAUGAUGCAUGUAUGUUUGUAAAGCACCACAGCUUGACAACUUCUAGUCAACUUGAAGCUCAUCUUAGCCCAUUGAUGCCAUAUCUUAUGUCAGUAAAUUCUUUAACCACCCCAAGUAAAUAAAUUUUCUGACAAAUUAAAUAAUCAUUAAUUUUUCCAUAACUAUGAGCAAAAUGAAUGUAAUUUAUAAUAUAUUAUCAUCAAAAACAUAAGUCAUAGACUGUUUGCUACUUUAUUAAAAGGGUUGUACAAAAAUAGAGUAUACUCAUACAUAUACUUUUUGUAGCAAAGGUAUAGCCAUUGAAUAAUAUUACCCAUAUGUCGUGUAUGUUUCAGGUCAAAAUUUCAAUUCAGGUUAAAAGCUUUUAGCCUUGGUUGAUUCUCUAUCUCCUUUGUCCCCUAGUCCUAAUUUAUUCGUGAAUUAACUCUAUGAGACAAAGGAAAUCAAGAAUCAACAUGGAUAUGAUUUUAACCCAUAACAGACAUUGUAUUUAUGUCGUUUUUGCAUGUGGCCUUAUCAAAUGCACAGCAACUUCAUAGAUCUGGUGCUUUUAAGUUGGGUGCAGGAGACGAAACUUGUAAUUUUUAUCUGUAUUAUUUUGUAGGAUGCCAAGGAAUCCAAAGUUAUUGACUGCAAAACCUAUAAUUUUGCUGGAAGGACUGGCAUAGCUAUCCUGACUAGUAAUUACCACUUUUAUGUUGCAAACAACGUGGAAGAGGUCAGGAGUCGACGGUAUUAUGACCCACCCGGUAAAAAAAAUAAUCAUAAAGUUCAGUGUUUCAGAGAGAUUAAUAAUGUUUUAUUUUGAAGUUACAUGUUCAUCUCACGUGCUUUUGUGAUCCAUAGAACUCAAUAUCUGCUUGUGCCUCACUUUCCUUUUGUGAUAACUUUGAAUUUGACGAGAGUUAAAGUGUUGUUCAACAGGCAAUAAAGAAAUCUUGUCACGCAUUAUUCCUUGUAGCAUUUGACUGACUUCAAGUGGGCUUGAAUUCUAACUUUUUUUUUGCGGCGUGAAUAUUUUUCAGGCUUUCUUCUCUUAAAUAUUUACAAUGAUCUGUCUUAGUUAAAUGUGUAUUUUGCCACAUUUUUCACAAGGAAAACAAUAACUGCUCUCGAUCCCAACUCGUUAAAAUUCUGUCACCUAACUACCUGAGGGCUGUCCCUAUCUGAGAAAACUAGAAAGUCAAAUCGUUUGCAGAUGUCUUUAGAAAGGCACCACUUUCUGCUUAGCAUUAAAAGACCCCUGCCUAAGUGUUGAUCCGGCCGGUGUGUUGAACCAGCGACCUCUCGCUCAGCAGACCGGCGCUUAUCCAGCUGAGCUAACCGGACGGCAAAAAAUGACCAGUUAUGAAUCUUAAGAAACAUAGGGCCAGUUAUUUAAACGUAGUUUAGCCAGUGUUUAACAAAACCGCGUUCUGAGCCAUUUUUCAAUUUGCCCAACGGUUUUAUCUAAACACCGUUUAUUGUGAAGUGUUUUGUGAAAGCAUUUAGAGUAGAUUAGAAAAGCAUUUAACGCACUAAGGAAGAGAUCUGGAAGUCAGAAGAUUCGUUAAACCCCGGCUUAAAUUAAACUUCGUUUAAAUAACCGACCCAUAAUUUUUUUUAACCAGGUUUGGAUGCUCCACCCAGCAGCUGGGUCAUUAUGCCGCAUGACAGAGGUUCAUCGUUGCUAGUGGCAAUUGAUAAUCUGUUAUACCUUACAGAAAAGGGACAGUGUAAUAGACUGGUGAGCUGUAGUAUACAGUAGAACUGCUAUCGUGAUACAUCCUUUUAUAAUCCAGUCCUUUCAAGAUAUCUCCAAGCUCGAGAUAUGCUUUUUUGUAAAGUUCCCAUCUUUUUACAACAUCUGCCUUUUCGUCGGCAGUUUCAGGAUUUGAAGAAACGUGUAUCUAGCAGAUAUUCGCACACCGAUUGCAACUCAGCAACGGUGGCGAAAACGUCUCUUAAAAACAGAAUUCGCGUUGUUUGAAACUUCAUGGCGAUGAAUCCAACUCGCAUAAUUUGUCAAAUGCAGGCGAUUCCUGGACUUCUCUAGAAGGUGAAUUUUUAGGGCCUGUUUACAUGGAGAUGGGGGACCCCAGAUAGGUGAGGUAACAUGCGGUGGGUCACCCUGCCUAUCAUGUAAACGUGUUCAAAUUAAAAUGAGAGAUUAUAAUUAUAGACAGAAGGGUUACCCCCACCUAAGCGAAAAAGAGAAAAAUUGAUCAUCGUGUUCACGUUUUCCAUAAAACGUGAAAUUAGGAAAUUUCCCGUCUCGGGAAAAUUUGCCAGAAGCGUGAUGCACGUGCAGAGUUAUUGUUUAAAGAAUUUUCGACCGGACACAUCGUUUACCCACGACCGUUCAAUAUUUUUCGCUGUUCACACGGAACUUUGAACGGCUAUGCGUCUGAAUUUUCGUACGGUUAAGGUGAUGUUAUAGGAGACGACGCACCGCAACACAGCGUUGCAAUGUUAGAACAACGUUGCAACCAUUUGAAACAAUAUCGCAACAAUGUUGCAACGCCGUGUUGCGGCUUGCGCGAAAAAUCGUUGUUGCGAAUUCGAGUGAAAGUUCGAAUUUUCAGGCGUUCGAAAAUUCGUCAGGUUGCCUUUUUGACUUUCUCUUUGCUGUCGCUGUCUCGACAUCGUAAAUUUCCUCUUGAGUGCCAAGUGUAAGACAGGUUGCUACUUUUUACCAAUCCUGUAUCAGGCACAGGGCGUAGCAAAGCAGUGGGUGCGGGGAGAAGGAAGCAACCGAGGGGAAAAAUAGAGAGGUGUCUUGAGGUGUCGCAAUGAGAAUAUUGUACAUCCCUGGCUUUAUCAGUGUCACAACUUUAAAUAUGAAAUAGCGAAGUCUCUAUUGUUUAUAAUGUUGACAAAUUUUUCCCCGAAGUCACACUAGUGAGUAUGCUCGCCGGCUACUGUUGUUGUUGAAUAGUUUUGAUAUUAUGCAAUUUUCAGACUGUUUCAUUCAGCGCUGGGGCCCCGGUCACUUCCAUAAUAGAAAUGGCCAUAUCUUACAAUUAUGAAUACCUAGCAAUGUUUACAGACACUGGUUUGUUAUGGAUAGGAUCAGCAGAUUUACAGGUGGGUAUAACACUGUCACAUUUGUUCAGCCCGCAAUUUCAGGUAUCAGAGGACGAGUUCCAGUAGCUAGCACCGAGUUGACUCGGAUUCUUAGAAAAUGAGAACGAAUGGCGGUCUAAUUCAACUGGCAGUACUAACUUUGAUUCUAUACCCAGGUUUGAAGAAGGCGUGUAAAAAGGCUUUUGUUUAUACUACUGGGAUUUGAGGUAUCUUUUCUUGUGACAAAUAAAGACCCGUAUCUGCCUUAGUUCUACAUGGUGGGAUAUCAUCAUUAAUUUAGUUUAGCCACUUCUUCCUCGGAAACCUUGCAAACACAAUUAAUAUUUUUCAUGUGAUCGCAAAGUUGAUUUUUAUUGUGUUCAUUUAACUUGCCGACAUCUCCGCAAAGCGAGGAAGCUUAGCAACCCGGGCCGCUAGGCCAGGCCCUGAAGAGCUCAACUUACGUACGCCUGUAUUUCGCAGUUCUUUGAAUUUUGCAAUUAUUGUUGUAUUUCUGUCUUCUUUAGAAAGUCUACUGUGAGUUCAACACGUCUUGUCCAUCAAGACCCAAGCAACUAACCUGGUAAGGAGGGAGCAAUUGUUGUUUCUAGAAUGAAGGCUCUCGUCUUUUAUGGCGAAUUCUCGCCCGGUUGGCCGGGUCAUUCUUUUGAAUUCAAACUAAGAGCCAUCGGUGUUUUUCUUUCUUCCGCCACCCAUCAAGGGACGUGUCGCCGACACGUGUUGCUGCAACUAAUCGCCUGACCUGUACACAGGGAGUAAUCUGUCGCCGACACGUGUUGCAGCAACUAGUCGCCUGACAUGUACACAGGGAGUGAUCUAUCGCCGCAACGUGUUGCUGCAACUUGUCGCCUGACCUAUACACAGGGAGUAAUCUGUCGCCGCAACGUGUUGCUGCAACUUGUCUCCUUGUGUGUUCCGAUCUUUACUUAUUUCAACUUACCUUACAGGUGUGCAAUGGGCGCUGUCAUAUGUUACUACAAUGGACACUAUUAGAUAUCCUUUGAUUACCAAGAUCAUUCUUUAUAUUCGACUAGCUUUCCAACUAUUUGCGGGAAAAGCUAUCUAACUGCUAGAGCAUGCUAGAAUUAAAAAUUGUUCUUCUUGUCGUUGUAAAUGUUGGCUUGGCCAAGUUGGUAAUUGUGCUGUCAUGCUGCAAUUAUAUAUUGAUCGUGUUACUAAAAACACCCUUGAUUUGAACUGACAAUUGUUACUACUGUAGAUAUGAGUAGUUCUGUUUUUUUAAUUGAGCACGCUAUUGCCAUCUAUUUAACAAUUAUAGCACGAGUGCGCGUUGGAUAUGAGUGGAAUAAUUGUUUAUUAAAAACGCCCACAAAAUAUCGGUAAUUCUUCCCGACUUUUUUUGUAAGAACAACCGAUCAGUCUGAACCGAUUUUCAAAUUUUGGUAUGUGGCUCAUAUACCAUGAUGGCUAAGCCAAUCAGAGCUCUUUAACUGCAUUAUCCAAUGGUUCAGUUUUUAUAAAUAUGCAUAUGCUACAGAUAGCACACUUUCUUAACAUAUUUCACAUAUCAGAUGGACAGUGCUGUUCAUUUAGUUCAAGAGUUAGAUGGCGUAAGAAUCAUUGGUAAUGAGACUCAUGAACUGCUUCAGCGAGUUCCAGGUUGGUAAAUAUGAUUACGUUGUUUGCGGGUGGUUUCUCCUCCUUGCGAAACCUCCCAAGCUAUGAGGAGCAAGGUGAAACGGCUGUAUUAGCAGACUACAAGUGAAAGGUUUCAAAAUGCUGGCAGAUAUUCUCUCUUGUUCUCGAUUCAUAAAGCUAUCGAAAUAUAGCCAAAAAUAACAAUCCCUGUUGGUGGCCGGGAUGUCCUUGAGAUUUAUUUCUUCUCCACAGACAUUUGAUGCUUUUCCAAAUUACCUUCUAUUAAAACGUGUCUUUACCUGUAGGUGCUUAAAGAGAAAUAAACUCUCGAGACUGUUGACUCAAACCUUUAGCUCAGUGUGGUCUUGCUGUGGCUCAUAUAUGAUUUUUCAACUUACUCCCCGGAAGCAGGUGGGACUGACUCUACAUUCAAUAUUCCCCUCUCCAAAGAAAAUGGGUACCCUGUUGUCACGAACAAGCAAAAAGCCCUAAACUUUAUUCCAGUCGACUUGUUCAAUCGGUUUGCGGUUAAGUCGCCCAAAAUCAGAGUCAUGUAGCUCGAAAUAAACAGCGAUAUUUGCGUUUUUGUUUAACUUCACAUUUGCAUAGGGUAUCGGACACAGUUGAGUCGACAUUUUUCGACUAAAUUCCUUCCGAUAUACUUCAGAUGUUACUUUUGUUCAAGUUUAUACACUCGAUAAAAUUUUCGGCGACAUGACUUAGGAUUUCAGGCGACAUGACUUCGGGCGAGAUGACUUUCUAGCGACUUGACCGGUUACCGUUCAACCAGAACCACUUUUUAUCACGAAUGUGAAUAAUUAUGUCCGAUACUAGAGCAACUAUUUCUAUUCAUCUUUCAGCUACUGUGGAACAAGUGUUUAAAAUCGGUUCAAUGGAACCAGGUGCUAUGCUGUUUGAUGCAUCAAAGGAAUUUGAGGUAAGCAAUGCUUCACUCUCUCUGGGAAAAAGUUGUCUCGGGUGAAAGGCUCAGCCGCCUACCCAAGCCAAUGGCGGAUCUAGGGGAGGGGACAAGGGGGCUCGCCCCACCCCCUUUAUUGUUAGACCGCCACUGCGAGCCACCCUGGGCGAGCCUGUUGUUGGGUGAACUGUUUUCCUUGGUAAGGUCACCAUUCUAGCUGAGCCAACUUUUCUCCAUAUGAUAAAAAAUAAUCAACUUUAUUUAUAUAGCGCUAUUUCAGUCCAAAACCUCAAUAGCACUUUACAGAAUUCAUAAGGAAUAACAAUAAUGAAUGAAGAAAACCAUAGCAUGAUAAUAAAAAGAAUACCUGACGAACAACUUUAAAGUUUCAACUUGAAGAUUCUAAACUACACUAAAAACUAAAUCCCUAAAAAUUAAGCUGUCGUUAUGAUUCUUUCGUGUAUAUUCCUUGAAACAGAAAAAGAGCGCCCGAACAGAAGAGUACAUUCGGAUGAUCAAAGAACGUCUUCCUGAGGCUGUCCAGCAAUGUAUCCACGUCGCUGCUGGGGAACAUGAGCCUGCAAUACAAAGAGGACUGCUGAGGGUGAGUAUAGUUUCGGAGGUAGUCAUGGUAACCACAUGAUCCUUAUGUUUAGCUGCUACGUUUCGCUUCUCACAGCAACCCACCCCCAGGGGGUGGGGGAGUUGUUGACAAGUUUAAGGUUUCUUACACAGUGAUUGGUGCUCUGUAAACUGCCAGAUAAAUUUAGCAUUGAAAAAAAAAACAUUAUCUGUCUUCAGUUUCAAAAUCACCACCUCCUACUGAAAAAGUUUUAGUUAAUCUGCUGAAGUUCCUUCAAAUUCGCUUGGGCAUAAAUCGUUGAACGUGAUGCCGUGAAAAGAAAAUCUGUACUCAGUAUAUCUGGCUAAUUUGAAUUGAAAGCGAAAGAGCGGAAAUAGUUCGUCCAGUAUGUUUCUAUUUGAGGAGUGUAGUAAGAGACAUAAAGGACUUUAUUAAUGCUUUCGACGAACGCGUCAUUCAGUGAUUUUUCAGUUAUGCAGAAUGAAUUGAAAGUAUAGCAAAUCUCAGCGAGUGGUCAACAUUCGCAGAUAACACUGCUCUGUUACCAUCUACCAAGCGAAGUUUGCAACGUCGCUUGGUCAGAGAUUUUAGGCGGGAAAUAGCUCUCGUGUAACAUGUCAUGUGCCCUCGUAGUAACCAAUAAGAGCGCUGCGGCGGUCGUUGUUGGGGAAAAUUUAACCUUUAGUAUAACCGUUUGUUUUACUAAUCUUCGCUGUAAUCUCUUUGCUAGGCUGCUUCCUUUGGUAAGAGUUUUCUAACUGAUAUGCCGCCACACGCGUUUGUUUCGAUGUGCCGGAAUCUUAGAGUGUUAAACGCCGUGCGGGACUACAUGGUUGGAAUUCCACUUACAUAUGGACAGUAUCCUUUAUCUUAAUUCAAGAGUGAACCAAAUUUUCAGUUGUUGCAAGAGCGUCGUCUCACAGGUUGCAUUUUGCCCAAUUGCAGCGUGUGUUGCAGCAAGUCUACACUAAUCUAUGCUAGCCUCCGUAGCAACACGAAAAUUUUUUUUAUUUUUCGGGUUAAUUUGCAAUUGCUUAAAUUGUAAUUUCCGCUGCGACGAUCAUAUCUUUAUUUAGACUUGCAUUUCCGCAGUUCACAUCAUCUUCAACCAAGUUAUCAUUGCUCUGAUCCCAACUUUUUCGACGAACUUGCGCGGAAACCUUUUCUACGCAGGCUAACACUAUGACAGAUAGCUCUUGCGUCGGCACGGAAACCAUACCGUGUUUCUGUCCCCACAAGAGAACGCUCAUUCCGGUGCGAUUUAUGUAACGGAGCAAAGCUGCGGGGUUCAAAUCUUACAUUUUUUUACAGGGAACGAACGAGAUAUGUUCCUUUUUCUCUUUUUUGAAACGGAUAUGUUAAAAGUACGUUAACACAGUUUUCAAUUUUGUGGCUCUUAUCAAGUUCUUAAAGUGGGCUCCAUUUUGCUUCUUUGUCCUCUGAGAGUACUCUUUGAUUAUUUUUCAAAAAUUAUCCAAUUUUGAUGCCUUGACGAUCGUCUUAGACUGGAAAAGCUAACAAUGAAAACCCUUAUCGAUAG